AUGAACUCAGUACUCGAAUACCUGCCGUCGUCCGAGGGUUGGUUGCCCACAUGGAUCUUCUUCAUCUCGGUUGUCUCGCUCGGUAACAGCAUGCAAGCCUACCUCUCGCUUGGUCCCACGCAAAAGGUCUACUGCGGCUCGAAGCCUUCGAUUCCAGCUGGUGUGCCUGCCAACACUGUCGGUAGCACGUCGCCCGUCACACCUCUCUCAGCCCGCACCUUUGGCACUUGGACUGCUAUCACUGCCAUUGUUCGUCUGUACGCUGCCUACAACAUCAACACCAAGCCCAUGUACGAGCUGGCCUUCUGGACAUACGUGGUCGCCUUUUCGCACUUCAUGUCUGAAUGGCUGAUCUUUGGAUCUACACGAUGGGGCAAGGGCCUCGCUGGACCUGCCAUUGUUGCUACCACCUCCUUGAUCUGGAUGUACACUCAGUGGGACUACUAUGUCAAGGCAUAG